GCGAGCGAGAGCGACCGUCCGGAGGCCGGCGCGGUCCCAGCAGCGCCCCUCGGCCUCCCUCCCCGGGACCCCCCUCCCGCCGGCGCACACCCCUCCCCGCCGCGGCCCGGAGCGGAGCGGCGCGGCCCCCGCCGCCACCAUGAGCGGCUCGUUCGACCGCAAGCUCAGCAGCAUCCUCACCGACAUCUCCAGCUCGCUGAGCUGCCACGCGGGCUCCAAGGACUCGCCCACGCUGCCCGAGUCCUCCGUCACGGACCUGGGCUACUACAGCGCGCCGCAGCACGACUACUACGCGGGCCAGCCGUACGGCCAGGCGGUGAACCCCUACUCCUACCACCCGCAGUUCAACCUCAACGGGCUGGCCGGCGCCGGCGCCUACUCGCCCAAGUCGGACUACACCUACGGGACCUCCUACCGGCAGUACGGAGGGUACCGGGAGCAGCCGCUGCCGGCGCAGGACCCCGUGUCGGUGAAGGAGGAGCCGGAGGCCGAGGUGCGCAUGGUGAACGGGAAGCCCAAGAAGGUCCGCAAGCCGCGCACCAUCUACUCCAGCUACCAGCUGGCCGCCCUGCAGCGCCGCUUCCAGAAGGCCCAGUAUCUGGCGCUGCCCGAGCGCGCCGAGCUGGCUGCGCAGCUGGGCCUCACGCAGACGCAGGUGAAGAUCUGGUUCCAGAACCGCCGCUCCAAAUUCAAGAAGCUGUACAAGAACGGGGAGGUGCCGCUGGAGCACAGCCCCAACAACAGCGACUCCAUGGCCUGCAACUCGCCGCCGUCGCCCGCGCUCUGGGACACGUCCUCGCACUCCACGCCGGCCCCCGCCCGCAGCCAGCUGCCCCCGCCGCUCCCGUACAGCGCCUCCCCCAGCUACCUGGACGACCCCACCAGCUCCUGGUACCACGCACAGAACCUGAGCGGGCCCCACUUACAGCAGCAGCCGCCCCAGCCGGCCACCCUGCACCACGCCUCCCCGGGGCCCCCGCCCAACCCCGGGGCUGUGUACUGAGCACCCACCUGAACCUCCCACGAAGGACUGACUCCCGGGACCAGACAGGAGGCGUCUCUGUCCUCGCCGACACUCAGGAAUCAUCGGAGGAGCGCCACGGGGGAAGGGAACGCCCCUCCCCGGGCCCUGGUCCCUUCCUCCGGACCCGAGAGCUCCGGAUGAAAUUUGCAUGGGCCAAGGGCGUCCCCCAACCUCUCUCCCCCUGCCGAGACACUAGGGUGCCCUGCCAGGUGUUGGGGGUGCCCCGCUCCAGCUGGGACAGCUGUUCUCCUUCCGUCCCAGGAGCCUGGGCGGGUGUUCCGUGGCUUGUCACCUUCCAGCCUCGAACACCGAGGACUUACUUUCCAGACUGGAGACCGGGGCACCGGGGGACCAGGGAGUGUGUGCCGGUUGGUCGGUCGGUCGGUGGGGCCUGGUCUGGGACACCGGGCACUGUGGAUGCCAGGACCGGCAGGGUCUGGUUCCUCCUACGUGAACUGUGGCUCCCUCUUCCCGAGGACCCCGCUGCCAAAGAGACAUUGGACACGGAGCCUGGGACUCAGGGGGGCACCCCAAGCAGCCCCCGACCCGCCCUUGCAGCCCUCGUUUACGACUUGAGGGUUAAAGCAAAGGGAGUGGGGGAGGGGGUAUUUUAAUAUUUGCGGCAUCUGAGGGAAGAACUCCAGGCGUGGUCUCUCUCCUCUCCUGGUCAGAGAGGAGGGGUGGGUCCUAGGAGUCUUUCGGAAGGACCCGUGUCUUCUUCUGUGUACAGGACUUUGCACAAGUUUGGUUUUAAAAGCUGUUGAAAAAUAGGAAAACAAAGGGCAUUGUUAACAGAUAGGAUCAAUCUCCCCUAGGUAGACACCUCUGCUCUGCCCCCCCCCACCCCUCUCCCCACCUCUUCUUCCCGCCCCACCCCCCUUCUCCUCCAGUAAGCUGGCAGUUCUGGUGCCAAACCCCAAGUCUCCAAGGAGACAUUCCAGGCAAGACAAACCCCCAAACACCCCCUUUCUGGCGGCCUUGGAAGCAGAUUGCACGGGGUGAGGUGCCCGAGGAGAGAGGGGAGGGCUGUAGCUCGCUGCCUUGAGGGGUGAGGGGGUGGCGAUCAGACGUCCCCCCAGAGCUCGCUCUCCUCCACCCCUGAUGUGGUCAAACCCCGGGGAAAGGAGAGGUAGGAGCCGGGAGCUAUAUAUAUAGAGCCUGUAUUUUUCUAAGAGCACCAGAAAGCAGCAGCCUCCUCCCUGUGCGGUUUCCUAUUUAUGUGGCCCUUUCCUCCUGGAUGUACCUGCCUUCGCGGCAGCGUGAGCUGAGAGAAGCAGGGAUGGGCGCUGGCUGGGUUGGGGUUUGGUGCGGGUGCAGAAAUGAGGAGAAAUGGUGGAUCUCCAACAGUCCCCCCCCAGGGGGACAGGAACGGAGCCAGCUCCCACCCCCUCCCAGCCUUCUCAUUUCUGCUUUCUUACUGGACCCAUCUUUAUAUAUAAUGUUAAUAAAAAAGAAGGAAAUAA